AUGGCAGAAAACAGCCUAAAUCUAUCGCAAUUAAACCUGAAUAAAGUCAAGGCAAUUAUUGAUCAGGAGUUCGAUACGGAAAUAUUGUUGAAGCACAAGGACUUGAGUGCCAUAGAAAAUGAAAUAGGCAAAGCUGAGGCCCAAUUGACACUUUUGAAGAAAUACUACCAAGACAAAAGCAACGAAGACAGUAAGAAACCCCAGAGAGGAAGAAAAAAAAAAUCCUUGACCACGUCCGAAUUUGAAGAACCAAGUGAAUUCUCGAGGAAAUAUACCCAGCUUUUAUCGAUACUAAAUUCUCGAGGCGGUGGUGAACCCAUGGUCCAAAAGAAAAAACAAGAAAACGUGUAUUCACCGGUAUCCAGUGGCUAUAUGACUACUAGAUCACAAGCGUCUUCCCUACGGCCGGUUGCCCGAAUGAGACCUUCGACAAAUUCUGUGGAAUGUCGAUAUCAACAACAAAAUAAAUGUAUCUGCCGAAGAUCAGACAAUGUGUUGGUAUCGUUACAAUGCGCGAAAUGUGGUAAAACAGACUUCCUAUCGCCUCAAGGUUUCAUUAAUCAUUGCAGAAUUGCUCAUAUGAUUGAUAUUCUAUCACACGAUCAUGCCGCAAUGACUUGUGGCACCUUGCUACCGAAAUCCGAACAAGAUGAUGAAGGACUAAAAGCAUUAGAAAAUUUGGAAAAACAUGGACUUGAUCCUUCAGUGAAUUUGAAUAAACCAGAUUUGGAGGAUUACGCAAAGACAAAUACCCGUGAUCCUCUUGCUUCAAUCGGAAACAUCGCCAACCCAUCAGCCACCGCGGUCCAAGAAUUACCGCCCCAGAAGAAGAGAAAGUCUAGUUCGGCACUUUCAUUAGCAGAAAUAAAGCCGGCCGUAGAUUCUCCCGCAACUAUGGGAGAAUUUUCUAAGCCGAAAUCAAAGGAGGAGAAAAAAGAGUUUAUCCCAAAGUAUUCUCACUUGAAAAGUCUACUUGGAGACAAAGUAUCAAACUUUGAGUCUCUUGUGUCUUCAACAACUGAAAAGAUAGACAUCGACUUGGGAGAUGAUGAUCUUGAUAUCAAAGCAGACAAUGGGUUAAGCGGGACAAAUAAUGAUCAUAAAUAG